CUGCCGUUACCGGACGGUCGGACUCGAUCCACCGACUCUGCUUGUUUGUUGGACGGUGUUUAACACUGUUUGUUUCCGCGGUGGUGAACAUUACAUUCGACACUAACGACGCUCGGAUGCACCGUUCAGCCCCGGCGACAGAAAGCAGCUGCUGUCGGAGCCACAGUGUGUGUGUGUGUGUGUGUGUGCGUGCGUGCGUGUGUGUGUGUGUGUGUGUGUGUGCGUGCGUGCGUGCGUGCGUGUGUGUGUGUGUCACAGGUUUGUGAGGUGUUUCAGUAAACACAAAGUUCAUAGUGCCUGCCGCUCGCAAAUGGCGUCUCUGAUUUGCACUUUGCAAGACCACCGAGAUGACGUCAACGGGUGCGCCUUCUCGGCCAAGCUCCUGGCCACGUGCUCCGGGGACAAAACCCUCCGGGUGUACAGCACCGGCGACUUCUCGGAGCUGCCCUUCUCCCCGCUGUCGGGCCACGGCUACGGCGUGCACUGCUGCUGCUUCAGCGCCUGCGGACAGUUCCUCGCCUCGUGCUCGACCGACGCCACCACGCUGGUGUGGUCCAUGGUCACCGGCGAGAUCGAGGCCGUCAUGGAGCAUCCGGGCCGCAGCCCCGUCAGGACCUGCGCCAUCUCCCCUGACUCGGCCCACCUGCUCUCGGGGGCGUCUGACGGCACGUUGGCUCUGUGGGACUUCCCCUCCAAACAGCUGCUCAGGACCGGGGCAGUGAGUGACACGACGCUGGUGGCCUGCUCCUUCAGCCCCUGCGCUCAGGUGUUCGUGACCGGCUCCACCUAUGGGGACCUGCGUCUGUGGGACCUGGGCCUGAACCAGCUUCACGCGGAGAAGAACGCCCACGACCUGGGGGUCACCUGCUGCACCUUCGCCCCCGACAUCCUCAGUGGAGGUCACGCUGUGCAGUUUCGUCUGGCGUCCUGCGGCCAAGACAAUCACCUGAAGAUCUGGGCCAUCAACAGGUUCGGCUCCGGAGCCUAUAAGAUGCAGCUCCUGCACACGUUAACUGGCCAAUCGGCUCCAGUCCUCUCCUGCGCUUACUCCUCAGACGGACAGCUGCUUGUGUCUGGCUCUGUGGACAAAACAGUUACUGUCUAUGAUGCAAAAAAUGCAGUUUUGCUUUACACACUGAACCAGCACGAGAGGUACGUGACGGCGUGUUGCUUCUCUCCAACGUCACCGCUCAUCGCCACAGGAUCGAUGGACAAGACAGUGAACAUCUGGAGGCUGGAGGACGGCUGCAGUGGCCAUGCCGGGAAGUCGCUGCCUGGGGAGUCUGCUCUGACAUCAAGUGAAGGGAGAACCCCGGCGGGCCGAUCGAAGCUGCUGGUCACCGAUUGGUCGGAGGAGGACGUGUCAGAGUGGCUGGCGGAGGAAGGCCUCGGGGGAUUGGUUGACAAAUUCAGGGCCAACAACAUAGAUGGGACGGAGCUGCUCAGUCUCACCAAGGAGACGCUGGCGUCAGAGCUGCUCGUCGAGUCCGUGGGCCUGCGCGGUAAAGUCCUGAGGAAGGUGGAGGAGCUGAAGAGUUCCUCGGUGUGUUCGGGCGUUCCUGAUGAGUUCCUGUGUCCAAUCACCAGAGAGCUGAUGAAGGAGCCAGUCAUCGCUGCUGACGGCUACUCGUACGAGAGGGAGGCCAUCGACAGCUGGGUCAACACCAAGAACCGCUCCAGCCCGAUGACCAACCUCCCACUCCUGACGACUCUACUCACCCCCAACCACACCCUGAAGAUGGCCAUCGGCCGCUGGAAGACCAGCCACUAGCAUCUGACCGAGCUGUGGCCCGGUGUGCAGACAGAAACCAGUGCUCACAGGGAUCCCACAGCAUUGUCUGUCCGGGUUUCAACCACUUGAGACGCCUGCACACCGGGCGGGGGGCUUUUCUUUGGUGACAUUAAUUUAUCAAGCAGCAUUUUAGACAUUAGGUCGGGCUACUAAGAAUCGAACAUAGUGGGGCGCCCAAACUUUUGCACAUGUCACAGUCACUGUAUCUUAAUUAAGAUCAUUUUUUAGAUCAUGAAGGAAAAAGUAAAGUUAGUAGCAUUAAUAAUUAAAGAGAUACACACUGACUUUUUUCAUGAUUUGAUACAGAUGUUGCCAUUUUCUUUUCACUCCAAAAAUCAACAAAAUGUGAAACUUGCUUUUCGGACUGAUUAUAUCAAUGAUGAUCCACGUGUGCAAAGAUAAAAAAGUACUUGAUAUGACAGGAAAAUUAUUAGUUUUCUGUUUUUUGUUCAUUAUUUAGUUUUUACUGACUGAAUAUUACUUAAUGCAGCUUUGAUUGAAAAUGAGUCAUGCAGGUUGUGUUACUGAAAACACAAUCUUCUGUGUUACAAGUAAACAGCAUGUAUGUUUAUUUUUCUUUAACUGAAUAAUUGUUGUUUAAUAUAAACUUCUAUGGGCACGACGCACGGGCCAAGUAGUUUAGUGUUUACUUUCCUGUGCGAGGAAAAACAUUUCUGCAAUAUUCAGAAAGUGCAAUGUUCCUUUUUUUUAUACAGGUUAAAAGUACGUGUAGAUAAGUCAAAUUAUACCAAAAAAACAUCUGGUCCAUCCAUACAAACUCUGAAGCUGAUGCAUAUAUAUAUAUAUAUAUAUAUAUAUAUAUAUAUAUAUAUAUAUAUAUAUGGAUCAUACUGUGAAAAAGAAGCAGCUGUAGAAAUGUCAUCCUCCAUGAAUAUUUUUUAUUACACCACAAUAAUGUUGUGGUAACAUUCUGUAAUCCAUAGUAUGACUCAAAAGUGUAUAUGACAACUAUGGACAAAGAGCAAGGUAAAAAGUCUUAAGUCGUUUUUUUUCUUUUUUCUUUUAAAUCCAUAACUUUGUAAACGCUCUCUGGGUCCGAAUAAACCAAAUACACACUUCA